ACUCAUCCUCAGUGAAACAGAUCGCGACGGUGGUUUACCACAUUGCGGAGGCAGGGAAUCUGUCUCAUUACUGCUCUGCUACUAAAUUUGUUGGCUAAUUCAGAAUACGAACAUUUCUGUGCAAAGAAUUAAAAGGUAACUUGGUUAUAGGAAUUUUUUUUCAGCACACGAACACCCAGCGUAAGGAGCACCGACCUCGCAGCCCCCCAGGGACACCUGAGCCAAACUGAGGGAGCGAGCGAGCGAGCGAGAGAGAGAGAGCGAGAGAACUACGGCAUGGCCCUGGUGGUCUGACUGGAACCCAAGGGCCUGGUGGGCGAGCCGCCUCUGCUGACGAUGAGGACCCUGCUGCAGUAGAGACGGAUGGUAUGGGAAUGAUGGACCUCCCCAAUGGGCAGUCGAACGUCGCCACCUUCGCUGCUACUGCUUCCGAGAAGAGCAGCAGCUCAGAGUCACUCAGUGACAAGGCUUCCUCUGAGCUGAAGAAGAGCUUUGAUGCCGUCGUAUUUGAUGUCCUGAAGGUCACACCUGAAGAAUAUGCAGGCCAGAUCACACUCAUGGAUGCUCCGGUCUUCAAAGCUAUUCAGCCAGAGGAGUUGUCGAGCUGCGGCUGGAACAAGAAAGAAAAGCACAGCUCAGCCCCCAAUGCUGUGGCCUUCACUCGCAGGUUCAACCAGGUCAGCUUCUGGGUGGUCCGGGAGAUCCUGCACGCACAGACCCUGAAAAUCAGAGCUGAAGUUUUGAGUCUUUACAUCAGAACAGCAAAGAAACUCUGUGAGAUGAACAACCUCCACGCAGUGAUGGCGGUGGUGUCUGGUUUACAAAGUGCUCCCAUCUUCAGACUGACCAAGACAUGGGCACUCCUCAGUAGGAAGGACAAGGCUGCGUUUGAGAAGCUGGAGUACCUGAUGUCCAAAGAAGACAACUACAAACGUCUGCGUGACUACAUCCGGAGUCAGAGCAUGACCUCCUGCAUUCCCUACCUGGGAAUGUACCUAUCGGAUCUUACCUACAUUGACUCAGCCUACCCCUCCACUGGCAGCAUCCUGGAGAACGAACAGCGCUCCAACCUGAUGAACAACAUCCUGAGGAUCAUCUCUGACCUGCAGCGCUCCUGUGAAUACGAUAUACCAGUAUUGCCUCAUGUCCAGAAGUAUCUCAACUCUGUUCGUUACAUUGAAGAGCUGCAAAAAUUUGUGGAGGAUGACAACUACAAGCUUUCCUUGAAAAUUGAGCCAGCCACCAGCACUCCUCGCUCCACAGCCUCUAAGGAAGAUCUUGUAGGCCCGGAUGCAUCCGCUUCCCCGCUUUGUGGUCGAAGGGGCACCGCUGCUGAAGGAGCCCUGUCCAAAGUUCCGCCCACCCCCCCCUCGCCCAGGAACCUCCUUCCCUGUGGACACAGGAAGUGCCACAGUCUGGGCUACAACUUUAUCCACAAGAUGAACACAGUGGAGUUCAAGAGUGCCACCUUUCCUAACGCUGGUUCCAGACACCUUCUGGAUGACAGUGUGAUGGAGAGCCACACGCCCGCUCGGGGGCAGGCCGAGAGCUCCACGCUGUCCAGUGGCAUCUCUCUGGGCAGCAGUGAGGGUUCCGAGCUCAGUGAGGAGAUGUCAUGGCCGGCCUUCGAAAGGAACCGCUUCUAUCAUUCCCUCGGCCCAGUAACCAGGGUGGCCCGAAUUCCUUACCGAGGAGUCCUGAAAGCCAGCAGCUCAGCGGAGUCAGAGGAGCUGGCUGUGCACCUGUACCCUGGAGCUGUGACAGUACAGGGGGUGCUACGCCGCAAGACACUGCUGAAGGAGGGGAAGAAACCCACGGUGGCUUCUUGGACUAAAUAUUGGGUGGCACUGUGCGGGACUCAACUCUUCUAUUACCCUGCCAAAUCUCUGAAGGCCACAGAGAGAAAGCACUUCAAAUCCACGUCCAGUAAGAGCACUUCGGUGGUGGGCUGGAUGGCCAUGAUGGCUGAUGACCCGGAACAUUCCGACGUCUUCCUGCUCACAGACUCGGAGCACGGCAAUUCCUACAAGUACCAGGCUGGCACCCGGAAUAAUGCUGAGCUGUGGUUUAAGCACCUGAGUGCAGCCUGCCAAAGCAACAGACAGCAGGUUCCAGCCAAUCUGAUGUCCUUUGAGUGAGUGGCGCUGGAGACUUUGAGAGGGACAGUGGGUAGUGACUCUGCAGCACUGGUGGGAGCCUUCCACUGCCAUGACCCCGCCUCGCUGCACCCUGCUGCCACCGCUGCCUUAAGAGAGAGAAGGCUGGGUGUGGAGAGGAGAGGCCCAAGCACAGAGCCCCACACCGCUGAACUGGGACCCGCUCCACUGCUCCUCUGUCACGUUCAGUCCCCCACCGCGCCCCGUUUCUUUCUCUUCAGUGUCGGCUCCUCAGAACUCCAGAGCAGGGUGGGCACUGAAUUAGGGCCUUUUCCCUGUUCGCCUCUUUGAAGGAACGGUUGGACCUGACCCACUCGCAUUACACACUCCCGUUGCUCUCACCUCCUCUUUUGCAAUACGAAGGCUAUAAAGCGCACUGCCAUUCAUACAAGCUCGGCUGUUUGUCUCUGUAGUUCUACACGCCGUUAGAGUGGAUGGGGUCUAGACAUCUGACACAGAUGGCUGUGCUUCUACUGAGCAGGAAGGUUUAUAAGGGUUUGUCCCUUUGACAUUACUCCCCUCAUUGUAUAAGAUUGAUUGUGUUCUCAGCAAAAUGGGGCCAACGGAAGCAUGGAGAUGAGGUUUUCUACACAUUUUGAGAAAACGGCACCUGUUAAGAUGACUUCAGCACUCACAAUGAAAGGCGUCCGAUUCCCUGUGAAUUCCAGGGGAACAUUUCCAGAUAAUCUUAAACCAUCUUUCUAGGAAUCCUGAGGUAGCUCACUGUUCCCGUGUCAUAAUCCUAUGUAAGAAUGAGAAUUAGCCCAACAUCUCAACUCGGAAAAGAAUUAAUAGUGUGUAUCAUAGUAUGUUGCCCAGGUGACUCUUGAGUUUAUUAGGAGUUCGUAACCACUUUUAUUUUGUAUGUUGUAUUUUGAUUUUUUACUAUUUUUUAUUUUAUACUCUAUAUUUUUUCCAAGAGCACUGGAGAUUGUAAAUGUAUAAGAAUUCUACAGACUCACAAUGUGUAGAGGACCUCCCAUGCAAGCCCCAUGCCUUCUACCUAGUCGUCUUUUCUCAAAUACUGUAUAUAAACAUACUCCUUACAGGCAUCUGACUGAACUACAGUAAGCUUCUAGAGGUACUAUAAUUCUAAACUGAACUGUUUUGAUGACCUUGCCACAUUUUGCUUAUCUUUGAAAUCUUUAUUUUUUUUGUGCUAUUUCAAUGUGUUCUUUGUGAAGUCUUGUCUACCAGAUAACACACUAACCACUUGUGAAAGCUGUGAAAGGAAAUCAGUCCACGCUGUUUUUUUUUUUGUUUUUUUUAAAAAGAUUUAACGGUUUGAGCCUGGAGAUAGAUGGGAGUUUUCAUCUCCAAACUCUCCCCAUGUGACAAGCGCAACCACUCAGCAGCAGCAACACAAAGCUAUUGUGGAGCCAUGCAUAGAGUCCAUUUGUACAUUGUUGUAUUUCUCCUGAUUUUUUCUUUUUUGUCUUUUUUGGGGGGUAAUUGGCAGUAUUACAGUGUAGAAUUAUCUUGCACAAGUCUAGGUUCUUUUAAAUUUGGUUACAUUUGUGUGUUACAUUAGUCAUUUACUUAUUUAAUGUAUUUUAUACCUUACUUUGUAUGUGUCAAUUUUGUUUAGAGUAUUUUACCUUCUUUCACCUGUUUGGAGUUCAUGUCAGUUUAUUUGAUUGUGGGGUGCCACUGACAUCCAGGGUGUGCUUAAGGGCUGGGCUCACAUUUCACAUGGGUGUUUAUCAGUGUGCUGUGUGCUCAUUGAUUUGGGAACGAAAGUGUUAAACUUGGAACAAAUAGCUUUUUUUUUUAAAUCGUAUUAUUUCUUGCUAUGGAUGGGGUCUUCGACAUCAAAAAGAGACUAGGCUCUAAUUUGCAGUCAUUAUUGAAUGGCUGUUUAUACUUGGCCGGUACACUAGAGCUUGCUUUUACUAGCCUGAGUUUCCUUCAUGUCCAUAAUUUGCAACAGAUUGCAGAACCUGAUUUGUGUGUUUUUUCACCACAUAUGUUUACAAGAAUGAGUAAUCAAGGUCAGCAUCCUGUUGCUUUCUCAGAGCUUCUCAAUCACUGCUCACCUGAGUCUGAGACCACUCCAGUCGUGAAAGAAUCAAAUUUGACAAAUUUUAGGCUUCCCAUCUGUUGGUCCCCUAUGGACGCUUGAAAGGUGAUUUUGUACUGAACAGAGCAACAUUCAAUGUGACUAUGUUAGGCUAUGUAAUUGUGACGCAUACAGUACAUGUGGCGCUAUUCUGCUUCUACUUCAAGCCCAGCUGUCAGUUUUCUGUGCUUAUUUGGUUCGUUUAUGAUGUGGCUUGUAGUUAUGCAAUACUGUCUUGGUUCUGCUCAAGUGGUGUCUGCUCAAUGGAGCGAUGGAGACUCAGUAUUAACUCCAGCACGUGGAGCUUAGGGAUGGUGGCCUUGAUUAGUGGGUGGAGGAGACGGCAGUGUGCUGUGCUGAAGGACUCUCGGGAGUAGGGACAGAGGGAGCAGACGUGACAGGCAGUGUUUCAGGUGGGCUAUAGUAUUUUCAGGCUAUAGUGAAAGAUGGCAGAAGGACUAUGAGAAGAAUUGAGAAUCCAGACCGUACGACGAGAUACCCAAGCCUGUAUGUGUGCGUUUGACUUUGUGUAGGUGCACAGAGUACAUGUGUAUAUAUUAUCUAUUUUUUUAACUCGAGAUUUAACAAGCACACCUUGCAGGUCACUUCAGUGAUUUCCAAGGGGAUGACAGACCAUUGAGAAUGGCAGAGCUGGUAAUCCUUGUCAUAUCCAGAUCCAGUUGAUGCUUUAAGAUAACUUUUUUAAUGCAAGAGUAGCUGGAGUCACAUUUUGUGGUGGUGUGUAUUGCUGUGAAUGCAGUCCGUUGAUGAGUCUGACAGUGCAGCACAUGAAUUUGGUUUGUGCAAUGUCGGCUUCAUCCACCACAGCCCGAGUACAGAUCAACACCAAGGGAAUCAGACUCCCAUUGCAGAGCACAUACAGCAAGUCGUUCCAACUGCACAACCGUCAUCCAUGUAUGAAAUGGAACCGAGAUAUUUGUAGUAUCCAUUUCAUUUAAUCACUGCAGUUGCACUUUAGUGCACUAAGAAGGCAUGUGGUGUUUUCGUAACAUCCUUGAAGAACCUCCAGCCUGCAAUAUCCGGCCCUAUCCAGUGUUGAACAUAUUUCAUGCCACUUAAUUAUGGCAUUUUACAUUUGAGAGCGAUCUGGCAUUUGACAUUUGAGACAAACAAUAUUCAACCCACAUGAUGUAAGGACUCUCUGAAAAGGGACUCACCACAGACUGGCAAGACAUCUUCAGUUGACAGGUGUGGUUUAACCUUGUUACUCUGUUAAUUACUUCCAUUAGUUCUGGUGCCAUUUAUAAGACACUGGCUGCGUUUUCUAUCACUCAAAAAAGCAGGUGUGGAAAAGCAGUCAACCUUAGUCAUAAAGACGGUAGUAGUUUGCAUAGGAACAUGGAUCAACUAGGAUCAGGGAAAUCUAUCAUCUGAUCCUGGUCUCAUUUCUGUCAUUACUGUGCAAUCAUUGCCUUUUGGGAGAUGGGACAUACACGGCCCUCUGGAGCCCUGGUUGAGUGCUCAGAGCAGCGGUGCUGACAGAGUGCAUUGCCCCUCCCGUGUUCAGCCCCAUGCCUCUGCAUCCUCCCCUCUCCCUGGACGCGUCUGUGUAUCACAGCCUACUCACACGGUAGGUACUGGUACACACUGGCUUCGUGCUGGGUAAAAUGUAAUAAACCGAAGUAAUUAAAAACAUUGCCAUCGUUGUGCUGGAAACGUGUUCAGACAGUGCAGGCAGAUGAAUUUAGCGAUAUAAAUGUAUCAUUGUAGUGACUAACAUUGGGAAUGGGGUUCAUAAGCAAUGUGUUUGUCCUUUUUCUUUUUUCUUUUUUUUUCUAAGUAGACUGAAUGUUAAGCUUUUUGUGCGAUUUAUACUAUAACUCGAGUUUACACUGUUUAUAUAUACUAAUGCACAAUGACCUGUGUGUAUUGACAGGGUAAAUUUGCUUUUUGAAAUUGUCUCCCCUUGACAUUUUGUAAGAAUUCAGCAAAAUUAGAUUGAAUUUCCAUUGGAUGACAGUGGAUUGAGUUUGGAUGAUAGGGGUAAUGUUUUAUGCUUCAUAUCCUCGAUAUGGAUAUUGCUCAAUCUGGUACCUGCAUUAGACUGUGAUGCUGGGCUGGUGUUUAUUAAUCAACUGUUAAAGAUGUCAUCAAAAUAGUUUUUAAUUGGGUGACAUGAGGUGUCAUUGUGCCAUUCCAGUGAGCCACCAUCUCCUUUACCCCUGCGCCCCAUCUUUGUCUGCUGGUCCUGGCUCCUUAUUCAUGAUCCUAGCGAGCACUAUGACCUUUGAACUGAGAGAUGUGCUCCUAGGCUUAAGACCAGAGAAAACAAUAAACACGUGGUCCUUUUAUUCCCUUGGUUUGUUUUUAAUCUUUUAAAGAUAAGAUAAAAUUUGCACGUGCGAGGCUGCACGCCAGUGUGUAUGAGUGUGAAUUGGUGAGGUAUUACUGUGUGUUUGCACAUAAGCUAGCUUUUUGACACUUUAGGUACUGACUAAACUAUAAUCUUUCCUACUGAAAUAAAACUACUUGAAUUGUUAAA